ACGUGCAGAGCAAACUUAUUUGCAAAAGGGAAUCAGAGAUUGCCAUUGGACAUGAAAAUAAUCCAAAAGGGUUUGGAAAACGAAGGACUGUCAUGUGCUGUUGAAAAUGGGAUGGCUGAUUCUCAUUGGGUUGGAGACUUUAGCUGGGCGAACAGCAGUGCUCGGGAGGAAAUGGAAUAUGAAACUGCAGAUAUAAAUUUAUCAUGUACAGAAAAAGAGUUCGAGCAAUUUAAAUCCUUCUUUUCCAAGUUUAAGGUUGUAGCAAGGGAGUUUUUCCUGCCUCCUGAAAUGAUAAGAUUUGGACUGAUAACUGAAAGAUCGGUGCUGCCCUAUGUGGGUGUUAGCGCCAUGGGAGCAUGGUUUGCCACACUUAAGUUCAAUGGAUGCUCUAGUUGUUCAGUGACACUGAAAGAAGGGGAUGAUCUCAAAAAGGCCUUGCAAGAGAACCACUCUCCAGUCAUGCAGCUAUAUGUUGACAGACCCAAACUUGAGCCUGCUUUUCCAUCAAACAGACCUUCAGUUGUUCUCUUUAUUGAUAGAUUAUCUGAUUCGCUAGUGAUCAGCGAAAAGAGUAAGUUAGCGCUAGAUGCUCUGAGGAAGCUGAAGGAGCAUUAUCAGCCAUCUUACACGGUGAGUAGAGUUGUAAACCUUGGUUAUCCUCGAAGUACCGCAGUACAAGCCGUUUCUGAAAGUCAGGGCCCUGUUGUUUUAGACCCAUUGAAUCUUCAUUUUUUGGAAGAUUCUCUGGACCCUAAGUUAGUUAAAACCAAGGAUAAUGUUCCUAUUGUAAUUAGCAAAGGUCAAAGCAUAUUGUUAGAUGGAACUGGUUCUUCUGCUCAGGGUAAUGCAGUAUAUGAUGCUUUGUUAGGUUUUAUCAACAAGAGAAAUCUCAAGAGGAAAAAAGAAAGUAAAAUAAGUUUGCUAGCGAAGGAAAAUGGUUUCCAGUUAUUAUCUGAUGAUUUUGAAGUCCAGGUAAUAGAUUCUUCACCAUCUUACAAUCAAUACAACCAAUUGAGUGACAUGAAUAAGAAAUUGGUAACAAGCCUAGGAAGUCAAACUUUGGAGCUUCAUCAACCACCAAAUGAAGAUUCUGUAAACAAACUGGAUGAUUCACUAGCUGCUAUUGAUGUACCAGUAGUAGAUGAUGGUAUACAACCUGCACAUGGAGAUUCUGAAUAUGACAUUCAGAAAUAUCUGGAAGUGGAAAAACAUAACCCAAAUGAACUUGGUGUGCAAGUUCAAGAGACCAAGGAUGCUUUUGGCAAAUAUUUCAGUUCCCUAGUCAAUGAAGACGAUAAAAAUUAUGUGGUUGAGCAAAAAGUGCCCUCUGUUGGGACAUGUAUGGAUAAAGAUACUGUUGAUGCUGUUGGUUGCAGCUCAAGCUGUAGAGAAACUGCAGAAAAAGUGUCACUUCUUGAUCCUAUUGAGGAUUUCAGUGGAAAUGAUGGGUCUCAGGUUGAGAAAAAUGUGAGUAUGCCGAGUGAGGAUCAAAUUCAGCAUCAACCUUUUCAGUUUUCCUUUUUCUUUAUUGAUGGUGGAUAUCGAUUGCUGAAUUCACUGACUGGCAGUUCAAAUAUUCCCUCUCUUGUUUUACUGGAUCCUAUUACGCAGCAACACUUUGUCUUUUCUGAGGAUCGAGACUUUGAUUACUAUUCCUUGUUUAAUUUUGUGGAGAAGUUUUUAAAUGGAAGUCUCUCUCCAUAUCAACCGUCAGCAUCUUCUAUAGCGAGUUUCAAGGAGGCUCCACAACCACCAUUUGUGAACCUGGACUUCCAUGAGGUUGAUGCUAUACCUCGAGUGACGACUAGCACAUUCUGUGAACUCGUUUUUGGUUUUAAUCCUUGCAAUACUGGAAGUGCAUUUCCGACUUCCCAAGUGAAAAUUUUUGGGGCUGCCUGGAAAACUGAUGUCUUAGUUCUCUUCGGUUCUUCAUGGUGUGGAUUUUGCCAAAGGAUGGAGCUACUUAUACGUGAAGUAUAUCGAUUUUUCAAAAACUUGAAGAAUAUAUUGAAAUGUGAAUCUGGUGUCAACAAUCCAGUGUGCUUUGAAGAUAACAGAGGUGAUUUGGUUGAAUAUAAUUUACCCUUUAUUUUCUUGAUGGACUGCGCACAAAAUGAUUGUGGUUCCUUCCUGAAGUCAGCGGGCAGGGUUGUGAGCAAUGCUAACGGCAGCCUUGUUAUCACAAAACAACUUUAG